ACACAAGGUUCUGAACAUUCAACUAAAUCCUGAAAAUUUUCAGGAGGCCAGAAGGCUACUGUUCUUCUCUUUAAGUUUUAUUGCAAUGUCUCAUGUAAGUCAAGCAAUCUGCUCAGGACAAGCCAUCCAACCUAUCUUUAACCUCUGCGAGCAAGUGAAUGGAGAUCCUGACUUAUCUUCACUGCUGUCAUCAAGGCUGCCAGUAUUUUUAGGGGACAGCAGCAGCUGCAAAAGCAUUUAACAGUCUUCUACGAACAAUGACACUAGGGGUGUCUCAGGACUAAACGCCACAGAGAUUGAGGGACUGCUGGAGCAUUCAAAGAAAAGCUUUCUGAUAAGGCUAAAAUCAUCUUAAAAGGGGCAUGCAAAAGCUUUGGCAAAAUGUGCAGGUGACACUGACUAGACGUUAAUGAGGUGGACAUACCGCAACAAACUUACCGAAGUGGAAAAGGAUUCUUCUUUUUUUUUUUUUUUUUUUUUUUUAAAACCUACAGCUGGAAGUGAGAGCCAGUGAAGCAGGGGAAGUUGGUUGCCACGGAAUGUAUAUUGACAGUUGUCUCCAAGGACUGAAGAGAGUGCCUUGAUAAACAGCUGGACAGCAAAAUUCUUCCAGAGUAAUAAAGAGAAUGAAUGCCUGUAGCCUGUCAAUCUGAGUGGAGGUUGGCAAGUGAGCAGGGAUGGAUGUGUUUGGUGGAGCUCCACGGUUCCUGGCCUACCCUCGUCCUGUUGUAGUACAAAGUGGCACAGAUGCAGUUCUGAAAUGCCAGAUUGGUGGGGAUCCCAGACCAGCAGUUAUAUGGGAGAGAAACAGUGAGAAAAUUCACCCAGAGGGCAGAUACCGGGUGUUUGAGGAUGGCAAUGUCUACAACCUUAUCAUAACCUCUGUGACAAUGGAGGACAGUGGGCAAUACAUCUGUAAGGCCAAGAACUGCAUUGGAGAGACUUACGCAGCAGCCACUUUGAAAGUAGAAGGUGAAGCACAGGAGAUGGAGUUUCGGGAGGAAAACAAGCCACGCUUCCUCAUCAAGCCCCUCUCAACUAGAGUUGGACGAGGAGAGGAUGCCGUGUUCUCCUGUAAGCUGUGGGGAAACCCUAGACCAGAAGUGAUGUGGGAGAAGGAUGGCAAGAAGUUAAAUGAGAUCUUUGAAAGCACACAUUUCGCCAUCAGCUAUCAAGAUGGAGGUUGGUUCCAGCUAAAGAUUUUCAAGACAAGAGCACCAGAUGGAGGGGUGUACACAUGUACGGCCAGGAAUGAAUUUGGAGAGAGUCUGGCGGGGGCUGUGCUAUUGGUGGAUGCUGGACCAGGACAUGAGGAUGAAGGGAACCGUAACGGAUACACUAACGGCCACUGGAAAGCACAUCAGGGAAAACAGAGAAGUGGUAGGCAAGUUGCAACAAGGCUGAAAGAUGGCCCACUGCCAAACUCAGCCAAAGUGAAAAUGUUUGCAGUGACAGAAGGGAAACAUGCAAAGUUUCGAUGCUAUGUAACAGGGAAGCCAAAACCUGAAAUAUUAUGGAGGAAAGAUGGGAGACUUAUCUUAUCUGGGAGACGGUAUCUUUUGUAUGAAGACAGAGAGGGUUACUUCACACUUAAAGUUCUCUACUGCAAACAACAGGACAAUGGAGUUUAUGUCUGUUCUGCUUCAAACACUGCAGGGCAAACCCUGAGUGUGGUACACCUUAUCGUCAAAGAGCCACCUGUCCGAUUUAAGCAACCACUGAAUGACUUGCAAGUAUGGGAGAGAGACUUGGCUGUUCUUGAGUGUGAAGUUCCCGAGGACUCUAUUCCAAUCACAUGGUACUUAGAAGACAGGCGACUACAGCCUGGAGCCAAAUAUGGGAUGGAGGAGUGGGGGACAAAGCGGCGACUCACAAUUCGUGAUAUUGGGGUUGAUGAUGAUGGGAUAUAUCUGUGUGAAAUGGCUGACGGGGGCAGAAGCAUUGCUGAGGUAGCGGUCAAAGGAACCAUUUUAAGAAAGCUUCCACGAAAAGUUGAUGUUCUGGAGGGGGAAAAUGCAGCCUUCUGUGUGGAAGUGGAGGAGGAAGAAAUGGACAUUCAUUGGUACAAAGAUGGAACAGAGCUAAGGGAGACCCAUCAGACCAUUGUCAAAUCCUUUGGAAGGACACACAUCUUGGUUUUUGUCAACACCACACCACAAGACUCUGGUUUGGUCAUGUUCUAUGUGGGUAGAUCGAAGACGUCAUCUCAGCUAAGGGUGAAAGCUGCAAGGCACUUUCCACCAAGCUGUCCUAUCGGGGUACAGAUAAACACAGAGCGAGAGAAUGCAGCUCUCCUUUCCUGGUUUCCAGCACAAGACUCUCGGAAGAAUCCACCUUCAGGGUAUAUAAUUGAGAGACAAGACGUUGGCUCACAAGAGUGGCUGCAAUGUUUAACCACAGACUCUGCAACCUCAGUGGAGAUUCUUGGCGACAGCGUUCCAUGCGAAGCAGACUACAGAUUUCGAAUAUGCAGUUUCAACAAGUAUGGAAGGAGUGGAAAUGUAGAGUUCCCUCGAGCAGUUCACCUUGUUCCAGUUGCCAGAAUCCAAGCACCUCUACAAGAUGCUUUAGUGCCAGAGGGCCAGGAUGCCUGCUUUACCAUUGAGCUCUCUGCCUCAGUUAUAGGCACUUGGUUCUUAAAUGGAAAUCAGCUUCAAGAAGAUGAACGUUUCUCCAUAAGGCGUUCGCGUACACACCAGUCCCUACGCAUUCGUGGGGUACGGGACACAGACAAUGGAGCAGAGAUCACCUUCAUUGCCUAUGGAAUUCGAGAUUCUGCUGCUUUGUACAUACAAGCUCCACUGGUAAAAUUCACUCCACUUUCUGAAAUGGAUCGAAACAAAUUUGUGGAGGUUGGCAACCCUAUAGUGCUCUACUGUGAGCUGUCAGACCCUGAGGCUCCAGUUCGUUGGUAUAAGAAUGGUGUUGAACUUCAAACAAUGGAAGGUCUGCACAUCCAGUCAGAAGGAACAAUGAGGAGGAUUGUCAUCCAAUCAGCUGAUUUCUCCCACUCAGGAGUUUAUAGUUGUGAUGCUAUUGAUGAUGUCAUCAGGUUUAAUGUGGAGGUUGAGGCACCUCCUGUGACAUUUGCCUACAUACCAGAAGAUGAUCUGCACAAAAAUAUUGUGGAACAAGACAAUCUACUCCUUUGCUGUCAAGUGUCCAGGUCAGAUGCUAAUGCACAAUGGUACAAGGACGGAGUAGAACUAAAGCCUUGUGGCAACAUCCUCAUAGAGGCAGAGAACACUAUACGAAGACUGAUCAUCCUUUCAGCUCAAUUCUCAGAUUCUGGGACAUAUACCUGUCGUGCUGGAGAUAGUGCAUUAAUAUUUAAAGUUAACGUAAGAGAACCUCCAGUGAUGAUUGUAUAUCCCAAGGAAGAUGUCCACCUUGAUCGCUAUGUUCCUGAAGAAAUUGUUCUUAGCUGUGAACUUUCAAGGCCAAAUGGAAAGGUGACAUGGUUCAAGGAUGGACAGAAACUACAGGAGAGUGAAAACAUAAAGCUAAAGACAGAGGGUCCAUAUAGACGGCUAAAAAUUCUGCACAGUGGUGUUGAGGACUCUGGAGAAUAUGUCUGUGACACAGCUGAUGAUUCAAUAUUCUUCAAUCUAAACAUAAAAGAACCACCAGUGCGCAUAGUUUCUCCAAGUCAGUCCCAAAUGGAACUUUGCCAACAGACUUCUGAAAGGAUGGUCCUGAGUUGUGAAAUCUCUAGACCAAACGCCACUGUACGUUGGUAUCGAGAUGGACUUGAAGUGGAGGAGAGUGACAGCCUAAUUCUGGAGGUUGAUGGUGUCUAUAGGAGACUUAUUAUCCCAAAACCUACUGUCAAAGACUCUGCAGAAUAUGUCUGUGACAGCGAUGACUCAGUAACCUUCUUUGUAAACAUUGCAGAGCCACCAGUUAGAUUUAUUCGGCCAAGGAAAAUGGCCUAUGUAGUAGAGAAACUUGUGGGAGACACUGUGGUUCUGGAGUGUGAAGUGUCUCGACCAAAUGCUGAAGUCACUUGGAAGAAGGAUGGAGAAGAGAUAGAGGAGAACAGCAACAUAACAAUCACAGAGGAUGGCACAAAUCGACAGUUAACCAUUCACUCUGCAGCUUUUGAAGACACAGGGCAAUAUGUCUGUGAUGCUAGAGAUGAUGUGAUGGAUUUCCUAGUGAAAAUCAAAGAUCCACCACUAAAAAUUCUGCGGAAAGCUGACCUAGAAACAAAGUGCCUAUUUGUAGCAUCUGACGCUAUUGUGUUAAAAUGUGAGAUCUCAAGAGCAAAUGGAGUGGUCAGUUGGCUUAAAGACAAUGAGAAGAUUGAGGGAAAUGAGCAUUUCAUCUGUGAAGAGGAAGGGACAUUCAGAUCUCUGACUGUCCUCAGUGCUGAAUUGAAGGACUCAGGGGAGUACAUCUGUGAUUCACAAGAGGAUAAAGUUGUCUUCAGUGUUACUGUAGAAGAGGCUCCAGUGUCCAUUGUUGGAAAUUCAGAGAAGCCAGAACACCACAUUUUAAUGACAGGAGAUGAGCUUAUCCUGGAAUGUGAGGUAUCUCGAGUAAAUGCUAUAGUCCAGUGGUACUGCAAUGGAUGUUUACUACAAGAGGAUUCACGCACACACAUUGAAAGCAGAAAAACAGUGAGGAAGCUUGUGCUAUCAGGACUUCAGACAUCUGACUCUGGAGAGUAUCUCUGUGAUGCCAUUGAUGACAAAAUGAUAACUAGGCUAACAGUUGAAGAACCACCAUUUAAAUUCAUUAAAAAAGAUGAAAGAACAAAUAUUUCAGCCUAUGAAGAAGACAGUGUGACACUACGUGCCCUUGUUAAUAGAGUCAAUGCCCCAGUGAAAUGGCAAAGAGGCCAUGAUCCAAUCAGAGAUGAUCGUUUCCACACAACAAGUGAUGGUAACACCCACUACCUCACUAUUAACCCACUUAAGAGAUGUGAUACUGGAGAGUAUACGUGUCAUGUGGAAUCUGACCAGAUGCAUUUCAGUCUCCAUGUUAAAGCAAUGAAGGUAAAAUUCUCCAAACCACUAGAUAAUGUAGUGGGACUCAAAGGUAGUGAUGUGGUUUUAAAAUGUGAACUGGUCAAGUCAAAAGGAGAUGUUCAGUGGCUUAAAGGCAGCCAAGAGAUUGCACCAAACAGACAUUUUACAAUAAGAGCUGAAGGUCGAGUGAGAAGCCUGACAAUACAUGAGGUCACAGAAGAUGAUGCAGGAGACUAUGCUUGUGAAUCUAAAGAUGAAAGGACAUCAGCUACUGUAGUGGUCAACACUCCUCGCAUUGUGGAGUUUAUCGUAGAGCUACACAACAUAACUGUCAUGGAAGGAGAAGACGCAACAUUUAAGUGUGUGGUAUCUCCAGAGGAUGCAAAGUUGGCCUGGUUUAGGAAUGGCCAGCCAAUUUCAUCAAAUGAGAAGUUCAACAUCUCAAGUAAUGGAUUAUGCCAUACGCUGCAUAUCACCAACUGCCAAGUCUCAGAUAGCUGCAAGUUGACAGCUGAGGCUGAAGGUGUGAUUUCCAGAGCUACCCUUCAGGUCCAAGAGGCAAAUGUGCUUUUCACGAAGAGCAUGAGCCCGGUAGUUGCAGAGGAGUUUGGUGAAGCAACGCUUGAGGUGGAGGUCAGCCAUGAAACUGCAGAGGUGCAGUGGAUGAGACAAGGAGUGGUAAUACAUCCAGGGUCCAAAUUCAUCCUGAAGCAGAAUGGCAAAAAACGUUCUCUCACAAUCCACAAACUCACCCUUUCAGACCGGGGCACCUACAGCUGUGAAACGCUUCAUGACCGUACACAAGCCAAGCUCACUGUGGAACCACGAAAAAUCAAGAUUCGGAAAGGUCUAACUGAGAUCCAGACUUAUGAACGAGAGACGGCUUCGUUUGAGGUGGAGCUGUCACAUAACAAUGUGGAGGGUGUAUGGCAGAAGGAUGAGCACAUUCUCAAAAACAACAACCGUUUGCGUAUGACUGCAAAAGGACGAGCACACAGCCUAACCAUCUCCAACCUGACCUUGGAUGACACUGGAACCUACAUAUUCUCUGUUGACAACAUCAGAUCAAUAGCAAGAUUGGAUGUUAAAGAAAUUCCUGUAUCAAUUCUGAAAAAGCUUGAGGAUAUCAGGCAACCAGAGGGAUCUGGUAUAACCCUUGAAUGUGAGCUCUCACGGCACAACGUGGACAUAAAGUGGACAAAGAAUGAUGUUCAGCUUAAACCAGGAAAAAAUCAUCGUAUUUAUUCAAUGGGAAGAAAGUGCUUUCUACAUAUACUGAAGUGUGAGCUGGGAGACUCUGGUUUAUAUAUGUGUGAUGCUGGGGAUGCCACAACAUCCUGUACAGUGGAUAUCUAUGAGAGGGAGCUUGAGAUACUACAAAGCUUAGAGGAUCUGGAUAUUCAAGAAGGUCAGAAUGCAGUGUUCAUGUGUGAAGUGUCCCUGGAGGAUGUGCCCGGAGAGUGGUUUAAGAAUGGCGAGAAGAUAAAACCAACCAGCACCAUUAAGAUCCGUCAGGAAGGAACAAAGCACUUCCUCCUCAUAUGCAAUGUUAAAGAAGACAGUUCUGGAGAGAUGAAGUUUGUUGCCAAGAAUCUUGAGACUACAGCUUACCUUGAGGUGGAAGCACUACCAGCAAACAUUGUGAAACCACUUCAGGAUAAAACUGCUCUGGAAAAGACCCGUGUCAUACUGGACUGCACUCUGACAAAUCCCCGUUGUAGCAUUCGCUGGUAUAAGGGCCCGAAUAUCAUCCUGCCCUCAGAACGCUUUGAGAUCUGCAGUGAAGGGUGUUACCGAAAACUUGUGAUUCAGCAGGUGUUGCUAGAGGAUGAGGGCACCUACAGCGUUCAAGUUGGAAACUACACAUCUUCAGCAAAACUAACUGUUGAAGCUCAGUCAGUCCUGAUGGUGCGAGAGCUGCAGGAUGUGGAUGUAACAGCUCCUGCAGAUGCAUGCUUUGAAUGUGAAGUCUCUUUGCCUGUGGCCAUGGCACCUACCUGGACCCUGAAUGGGGAGACACUGCAUCCUGGUCCUAAAGUUGUGGUAGAGAAACUGGGAACCGUUCAUAGGCUCACUCUCAAACAAACAUCUGAAGACAUGGGCGGCACCGUGUGCUUUAUCACUGGGAGAGCUAAAAGCACAGCACAUCUGCAGGUCAUAGGUAACCACUGAGAAACAACACAAGUUACAGUGCAUAAUACUCAACUAUGCCACUAUUUAAAUACAAAAACACCAAAGGAAAUUAUGAAACUAUUAACUCUUUUAAUGUGUCUGAAAGUGAUAGGUCUAUCAUUAAUUUAUUUGAAAUCAAAAUUUUACAUCUUUAGUGUCAUGUUUUACACAUUAUAUCCCGGUUUACAUGGUUUACCAUCCAUCACAUAAUAAUUGUUUGGUUUUUCUAAAUUUAUGAUCAAACGCAUUGUGCUUUAUAAAAAAAUACAAAAAAUGAACAACACCAGGCCAGAUUCCCAGACAUGUAAUUAACCCAUGUCGUUAUGACUUAAGUUUCUUGCACAGUAAUUUGGUAUUUAAUUUUUGAAAUUUGUGUACUACUGUAUAUCCUUGUAUAGAUAUUCCGUGUUGUUUUUUUAAUUCUUGUUUUGUGGGAUGCAGAUUAAAGUGAGGUUAUGGCAUGUAAUAAAAAUGUGCAGGGCCAAAGAUUAUCAAAAGAGGGUUUGGGAUGGAAAGUGACUUCAACUAUAUAACAAAUACACUGAGUUCAUGAAUACAGACAUUUACAAAUAAAUGAAAAUGGUUUUAAGAGUUUUAGUUGUUUGCUUCUGUUGUAAUAAAAGGUGUCCCAAUUCAUGCCUUUUACUUAAGUAUCCAAAUAAAGUGCUGCAGUUUUCCCUUGUUUAUCAA